CUUACGAUCGCGCGGUCAUUUUAAAGUUCACUCACACUGGGCUGUACAAAUAUGUAAUUUGAUAAAACUUUCAGACCACAAAAACCAUUUAAUUCCUAAUUAAUAUUAAUAUUUUGUUUCAUGUUUAUUUUAUCUUUAGAUUAUUAACAUUUUAGUUGGAUUUUAUUCGUAGUGAAAGUGUUAUCAUCAGGAUCGAAUUUAUUUUCACCAUACGAUGCCAGAUCAAGAAAUAGAUUGGAGGCAGGAGAUUGCUCCUUUGAAGGAUUGGUUGAGUAAGCAGCCCCAUUUGCCUCAUGACGUGGAGGAUAUCAUACUACGGAGGUUCUACUUAAGUUGCCGCAAAAAUGUGGAUCGUGCCAAACGUACCAUUGACUUGUUCUUCACAAUACGAGCGAAUGCACCGGACCUGUUCUGUAACCGUGACCCCUGCUCCCCGGGCAUUAGAGGAGUUUUUGAAGUCACUGACAUGCUUCCGCUACCGAACAACACACCAGAGAACUACAAGGUGUUCAUAUACCGGCUGAACAACCCUGACAUGAGCCUGUUUGAUUUCGUGAACGCUGUCAAAACAUUCUUCAUGCUGAUUGACACACGGCUGUCAGAAGUAGAGGACAUACCUUCAGGGGAGAUCCCUAUCUUCGAUGCAGCGAACGUCACUCUCAAAUUUAUCGGGAAAGUUAACCUUUCAGUUCUCCGGAAAUAUAUGAUGUAUACUCAGGAGGCAGUUCCCGUGAGACUAAAACAAGUUCAUGUGAUCAACGCGCCGUCGUACAUCGGUAAAAUAUUCGCACUCUGCAAACCAUUCCUUAAAUCAGAGGUUUCUAAAUUGAUAAAAUUCCACGAGCCCAACACGGAGAGCUUGUUUAAGGAUGUUCCUAAAGAUAUAUUCCCUGAAGAAUACGGCGGUAAUGCCGGAACCAUAGAACAGAUUAAACGACAUUGGAUAAAGCGGAUGGAAGCUAAAAGAGAUUGGUUCCUAAAGAACGACGAACGAUGGGCGGUGAACGAAAAAUUGAGACCUGCCAACUGUAACGAUGAGAAGACCAAGAAAGUUAAAGAGCUGCCCGGUUCAUUCAGAUCUCUUACACUUGAUUAAAUAUAGCGCAGAUUAAGGAAUUCAAAUAUUGGUGUGUCUAUCUUGCCAGUGUUCUUUGGUAUCGGGCAUAAUCUCUCGUUAGGGUUAGAUACUCUAUCUAGAUAUCUAGGCUUAUGAUGCUCGCCACAGAUAUAAAAGACAUUUAUUUUCUCAAAAUUUAUUCCUUUAGAAUUCUUUUUGAUGUCAUUUCUAAUAUAUUAGAUACUUAGUAGAAGCGUUAGUCAGGAUCGGAAACAAAUAUGGGAAUAUAUAUAGCGGCACUCAUUCCCAUAUAUCUUAAUAUAUAUAAAUCUCGUGUCACAAUGUUUGUCCUCAAUGGACUCCUAAACUAAUGAACGGAUUUUAAUGGUGAUUACUUUAUGGAGUGCAGUUUGGUCCAACUUGAGAGAUAGGGUAGUUUUUAUUUCGAUUUGGGACCCAUCAAUAUUUUUAUUUUCAAUAUUUGUUUUGUAUGGAAAUAUUUUCUAUGAGAAAAUUUAGUGACGCACGGUUUGACAGUUCCGCUGUGAAACAAUUUCAUUCUAACAACAGGGAGCAUAUUUACGAAAUAAUUUUUGAUGUUUUGAAAUAUAAAACAGUUGUUUUUUUACUAUCUACAGAACAACGUCUGUCGGGGCAGCUAGUAUAUAUAUAUAUAUAUGGGAAUGAGUGCCGCUGAUCAUGGCCACAAACUCUAGGAAAUGUCUAUUACUUUACUAUAGACACCCGGGCUAUGAACAGUGUCUCAUUUUUCAUUAUUGCUAUUGUUAUUCUUUGUUUUUUGUGCAUUGUCUCCUUUGUUAUUUAAUUCAUUCAUGUAAUAUGUAAAAAUUUUUUCCAAUUUUAAUUGGAUAUUUUUAGAAUAAUAAUUAAGUAUUUAAUAUUUAAAUAUUUUAAGUUUUAGAAUAAGUGAACUCGCUAUCCCUCACAUAAACACUUAAGUUUCAUGAGGAUGGCUUUAAUUAUUUAGUAGUUUUGUUUCUUGUAUAUUUUGAACAAUAAAUAAAAAAAAUAUGGAGAUUAAUUAUUAAUUUUUAUAUAUAUAAUUUCUUCUCUAAGUAAAUCAGAUAUAAUAUGAAAUUAAUACUAAACAAGAAUAGUCGAAUAGCUUAGUUAGACUAUAUUUUUAUUGGAAUUAAAAUGCUUUCUGAUUUUAUGAAAUGCCUCCAUCUUUCACGUUUGCUUCAUCCCUUUUUCAUCAGUAUGUAACCUUGCAAUAUGACUUACCUCCUAAGUUUCUAACAAUUUAGGUAUUAAUUAUUAGGCUAGUAUUUCCCGAACUCCGGAGUUCGAUAUAUCCCCCUUAUUCAUAAUGGUCCGCUAACAGCCGCUAAGGAGUGUUUUUUCUCAUUCUGACUUAGGUCAAUAGAAGAAGACAGAGUGAGAAUUAGCAAUGCUUUAAGUUAGCAGACUGUUAUGAAUAAGGGGGUUAGAGUUUAAGACUCGUUGCGUACUGCCUGUUGUGUGUGUGUUUGGAACAGCUUGCCAUACCGACUACCCAUUACCCAUUGGCCUUUCUUCUGCUGGAUGCACUUAAUACACAUACAGCUGAAGCUAAAGAAUGAAAUAGAAUGAUCACAUGGAGUUUUGGCGACAGCAAACGGGAAGGGAAGCUGUCCCUACUUUUAGUUUCCCGUUUUUCUUUGUGUGUAGAUCUUUCACGCAGACAACCAUACCUACUCAGUUAUCACUUUAACACGUCAUUUAUUGAACGAAGCAUUUGAAUAAUAUAAGUAUAUAAUAAAAUGAUAUUAUUUUUUAUAUUAAUUACUUAACAAAACAUUACAUUAUUGUGAUAAUGUGUACUCUAUUUCCAUGAUACUUUGACUUAGAUAAUAGUUGUUACUGGAUUGUUAUAUUAUGAAUCUUAUGUUAACUAAACUAGAUAUAUAAGAUUACUUGGCUAAGGUUUUUGUAAUAUAUUAUUGCAAUAAUA